AUGGACCAGCUUCGGGGAUUCAUUCAAUCAGAUGCUAAAGGAAUAUUGAAAAAGAUAAAAUUGUACUUAAAGAAACUGGUGCCACGUUUGGAUGACAGAAGGAAUUAUCAUCAGGAGUUUGCCUCAUCCACUUCAUUUCACGGGGUGCAUAAUAUUGUUCAAACUCAGAGCAAGACUCGCAAAGUGCUGUGGCUGUUUGUAGUCAUGGGCUGUUUUGCCAUUGUUAUAUGGCAAAUCUGCAGUCGCUUCAUCUACUACUUCACCUGGCCAACCACAACUACAGUGGUAGUUCAGUAUGUGGAAAAUGUCCAAUUCCCUGCUGUGACUUUCUGCAACUUGAACAGGUUCCAAGCUCAUGCAGUAAGCAACCUCAAGAUAAUAUUUUUAAUUUGGAACAUUGUGUCUGGAGUACUCCACAAUUUUUCUAUGGAAAAUAAAUAUUCUCAAGAGUUCAAUGAUUUUCUUCUUGGGAACCAGAACUUCAGUAUCAAAGAGUUUACAAAAAAAAAUGGGUUUUAUCUGAACAGCAGCACAUUGCUAGAAUGCGACUUUUUUGGAAAGCCAUGUUACCCGCAGGAUUUUGAACACAUUUUCACUGAAUAUGGAAACUGCUUUACUUUCAAUCACAAUGAUCUUGCAGCAAGAGUGAGUUUGUCUGGAAGAGGCUUACAUUUGCUUUUUGAUGUCCAACAGGAACAAUUCACCGAUGAACCUUCUCUUGGUUUUACUGAUGCUGGUGUAACUUUUGAUAUCCAUUCACCCAGAGAGCUUCCACACUUUGAUGGUUUAGGUUUACUAACACCAGUUGGAAUGCAUGCACAGGUUGCAGUCCGCCAGCUGAAGUCAAUUAUCCAAGAAUACCCAUGGGGACAGUGCAAGCCUGAUAAAAAGCUUCGCUACCACAGGAUUUAUAGUACUAAUGGAUGUUUGCAGGAAUGCAAAGCCCGGUACAUACAGGACUGGUGUGGCUGUUUGCCAUUCAUUCUUCCAGGAAAUGGAACAGAAUGCGAUUUGCUAAAGUAUUACAAUUGUGUUUAUCCAGCAGUCUAUGAUAUAGAGAUGAAAGGAUUAUGUACAGUAGGAACCCACAAUUCCACUUGCCCUGCCCCAUGUGAAGAAACAGAUUAUCCUACUACUGUCACCUAUUCAAGCUUUGGAGGAGAAAAUGCUAUAAAAUACUAUUCUGCAAAACUGAAGAAAACCCCAGAAUACAUCAGGCAGAACCUUGUGAGUAUUGACAUUAAAUAUAGUGAUCUGAGCUACAAAAUAACUCAGCAGCAGAAGGCCUUGACUAUAUCUGAGUUGCUUGCUGAUGUAGGUGGCCAGCUUGGAUUGUUCUGUGGUGCCAGUAUGAUUACAAUCAUAGAACUGCUCGAGUACAUUUUUACUAACUUCUGCUGGAUGUGCAUCUUUCUUCUACUGAAAGCUCCUGAAAUGCCUCAAUGGAACAAUCCAUCCCACAACCACCCAACACACAAGGAAAAGAAAGGAAUACAAGAAUGUUAG